AUGCUCUCCAGCCAGUCCGUCACCGGCAUCCCCCUCAACCACGCCCCGUCCGCAACCACCUACAAGCUCCUCGAGCUGCCCCCCGAGCUGCUCGCCCUCCUCGAGUCCGACAGCCCGCCCGCCCUGCGCCUCGAGCCCUCGCCCACCGCCGGCCUGCUCAAGACCCCCGACAACAAGACCUGGUCCCUCCGCCAGAAGAACACCUCCAACGCCCUCAUCCUGCUGCAGACCUCCGGCCCCGACCGUGAUGGCUCGUCAACUCUGAGCACCGUCGCAACUCUCCACGAGACCGUCGAGCUCGUCCCCGAGGCCGAAUCCGCCGCGGCCCCCGUCGUGGCUGCCAAGGGGAAAUGGCAUGAGAAGUUUGGCAAGACCCGAUGA